GGGCGCAUGCGCAGUGGGAGCUGGAUUGUUGCAGCCCCAGACAGGGCGGCCCGUUACCAAGCACUGCACCGCGCAGGGUCUGACAACGACGACAGCAACGGGCUUUGACAUAAGGAAUCCUGCCAGCGUGAUAACAACACAGACACUCCCGAACACAGUAGGGGAUGGCAGUGAAUGUGUACGCCACAUCCGUGUCCAUUGACAACCUCAGCCGACAUGACAUGCUGGCGUGGGUCAACGAUUCUUUGCAUCUCACCUACACUAAGAUUGAGCAGCUCUGUUCAGGAGCGGCAUAUUGCCAGUUCAUGGACAUGUUGUUUCCAGGUUGCAUCCUUCUGAAGAAGGUCAAAUUUCAAGCCAAGCUGGAGCAUGAAUUUAUACACAACUUCAAAGUUCUUCAGGCAGCUUUUAAAAGGAUGAGUGUUGACAAAAUUAUUCCUGUAGAAAAGCUCGUAAAAGGGAAGUUCCAGGACAACUUUGAAUUCGUGCAGUGGUUCAAGAAGUUCUUUGACGCCAACUACGACGGGAAGGAGUACGACCCUUUACUAGCCAGACAGGGUCAGGACGUGGCCCCUGCCCCCAACCCAGGUGAUCACUUUAUCCACAAACCAAAGAGAAACCCAGGACCACAGAGGACAUCUCCAACAGUUCCCAAAAACAUGCCAACACCACAGCGGGUCCAACACAACACUCCAGCCAUGAGGAAGAAUCCCUCUUUGUCUCGAAACGGGGGCAGUGAUGCUGAAAUCAUGGAGCUAAAUCAACAGUUGAUGGAGUUGAAGUUGACUGUAGAUGGACUAGAGAAGGAGAGAGACUUCUACUUCAGCAAACUACGGGACAUUGAGCUGAUCUGCCAGGAGCACGAGAGUGAAAACAACCCCAUCCUCAGCAAGAUAAUCGACAUUCUCUACGCAACAGAGGAAGGUUUUGCACCUCCAGAGGAUGAUGACCUUGAUGAACAAGCUCACCUGGAUCAGGAUGAAUACUGAACCCUUCAUUUCCCUCCCCCUCCUAACAUCUCCAUCUUCCCUUCUCUAUUCUUUUCACCCUCGUUUGUUUUCUACUCUGCACGGUCUAUAAAUACUCACCAUUAUCCCCGCUUUCCCCCUGGCUUUUCCUUUCUUUCUCAUAAGUAUAUCUGUUCGUAACCACACCAUCAACCGGCCGUCUACAUACUAUACACAAUUACUCUGCAUCAUCAUUUGCUGCUCCUCCCUGCCCCCACAACAGUAACGUACGACAUAUCCCAGUUAUUUCAGCAUGAGUAAUGCAGAACCGAGCCUGGCAUGGAGGCUGUUAUGGCAAACAGUGAAUUUUGAGUGUGUAAAUAUUGCCGACAUUGUGAUUUCUGAGAGACCAAUGUCUUUGCUCACUAUGGAGUUAUUUAUUUGCCUUUGGUGCGCUGUGAUACUUCGAUAAGAGCACAGAACAACGCUGUUCCAAUGUGCCAUCAGUACACUCCCAGAGCUACUAAAAACUGUAACAAACAUGACUUUUUAAUAACAAUUUCUUAUUUAUUUAACUUAUGUUUAAUUUAGAUUAACUUUCUGUAGCAAAGUUGGUGCAAAAACCUACUGUACAUGAAUAGAAAAGCCAAGGCCAUGUGUGUUAUUUCAGUUGUGGUUUGUGCUGGAGUCAGCAUCAAGCUUUCAGUUCGUGUUAUGGUGGGUUCAUGGCAUGUAGAAUCACUGAAGGACUCAAAGCAUAUGUGGUCAGUGCUCUGCAAUUAUUCAUUAUUGAUCGGCAACAUAUCUGAGCAUGGGAAUGUUACACAUUGACUGUGAAUGAGUGAUAUUUUGUAUAUGUAUGUAUUUUGCGUGGAGAUUUUGUCUGAUGUCGCACGAUUCUGGUUAACUGCAGUCAUACCGUUUAGACCGACAUGAAAGGGCCUAUGAGUUUAGAGGUGGAAAGCCACCUGCAGACUGACAACAUGGUGAUAGAUUGUAGCUGUUCUAAUGUUUUAUUCUAAAAUAUAAAAGGGAGCCUGACACUGAGUUAAUACAAACACAUUUUAACAUGACAGCUUCUAUCAUGUUUUUCCUGCUAAUCUUGUGUUUUACACUUUCAGUUUGCUGUAAUAAGGUUUGCCCAGCGUGUAUGAGUUGUAAUUUGGAAAGAAGUCAGUAGAAAGAGAUCAGUUAGAGCAAGGAUGUCCUCCUCCAGCUACUUUUAUUUUGCAAACUGGCUGUCAUCUGCUCUGGAAAUUGCAUUCAUUGACUGUGUAAACAUCUACAGAACACUCAUCUUUUGAGUUUUGAAUAAAUAAAACAGUUGUGAAAUAAA